ACACUUGUUUUCGGCAGAAAUGGAUGGUGAAUUAGUGGAAGAAAAUAUCUCCAUACCGGAGAAGAAAUACGAAUAUCUAGACCACACAGCAGACGUUCAGUUACAUGCAUGGGGAAAGGAUUUAAAAGAGGCUUUCGAACAAUGUGCCAUGGCUAUGUUUGGUUACAUGACAACAAUAGAGUCUGUCGAACUAAAAGAAGUUAGGGAAAUUCAUGCAGAGGGAGACGAUAUGGAGUCAUUGCUUUUUCAUUUUCUUGAUGAAUUUCUCUUUAUUUUCUCAUGCGAACCGUAUUUUAUCAUUCGCGUCGUCGAAAUAACUAAAUUUGAUACCGAAAACUUCAAAAUCGAUGCUGUUGGCUACGGUGAAGAGUUCGAUCUGCAGAAACAUCCUCAGGGCACCGAAGUAAAAGCCAUUACCUACUCGGCUAUGCAGAUACACGAAGAGUUAGAUAAAAGUGAGGUUUAUGUCAUUAUAGAUAUUUAG